GCAGUUCCCCCAAGGAGGGUUCUCUGAGGAGGUCUGGCGUUGGGGCCAAGAGAGAGAGAAGAGGAAGGUGAAGAAAGAGGAGGAGGUGAAGGUGGAGAAGGCAGGGAGGAGCAUGGCGCUGCCCGUGGGGCUUCUGUUGCUUUCAGUCUCCUGGCUCCACAGUGUGGCUGGUCCCCAACAUGGAGAUAAAUAUUCACCAACUAUGGAAACUAUAACUCAUCUUCCAGAAGUCAAAGAGGGCAAGUGUUUCUUUCCAUUCCACUAUAGAGAUGGAAUCUUCUAUGACUGUGUCCAGUUCAAGGUAAAACACAAGUGGUGUUCCUUGAAUGAAACUUACGAAGGAUAUUGGAAGUACUGUUCUGAAGAAGACUUUGCAAAAUGUGUGUUUCCCUUCUGGUACAGACACCUCAUUUACUGGGAAUGUACCAAGGAUGGGGAUUCGUUUGGGAAAGCAUGGUGUUCACUGACCCAGAAUUAUAACAAGGACAAGGUUUGGAAAUACUGUGACUGAUGGUGAGAUUUAUUUAGGGGAGGGCAUGAAGAUGUUCAGUUGUUCUCAUGGGAAAGAUUGUACAAUUUUGCUUGGGAAAGGAGCAUGUAAGACUCUCAUUAAAGGAAUUUUAUUCUGAGAUACGAAUGGAAGGUGAUUGGCUGUAAAUAAAUUGGGAUUUUGAUUAUGGACUAUAAGGUCCAUAUAUAUAUAUUCGAGCCUCAGCACUUUAACUUGCUGAUUAUGUAAAAUUGGGUCCUUUUAAAAAAGUGUAUGGACUCUGGGUGGUAAUGAUGUGUCAAUGUGGGUUCAUAGAUCAGAACCGAUGUUGGGGAAUUUUGAUUAUGGAGAGGCUGUUCCUGUAAUGGGGGUGCAGGUUAUAUGAGAAAUCUCUGUAUCUUCUGCUCAAUUUUUCUGUGCACCUAAAAAAAUAAAAUGUAUUAA